AUGGGAGCCUCCCAGGCUGCCGAUUCUGGCGAGGAUUCCGACACGGAGCCAUGCUAUGCCUUUGAGAGCGAGGAAGGCUUGGAUGUCUCUUUCCCCUUGAAGGCAGUGGAGAAGAGCUUUCGCUGCUCGCUCUGCACCGGCUACCUUCGAGACGCAGUGACCAUCAAGGAGUGCCUCCACACGUUUUGUCGGUGGUGCCUCUACAGUUACGCAGAAAGUGGAGAAGCCGAGGAAGUCUGCUGCCCCUUUUGCGAGAGAAAUCUGCAGCUGGCGGCACCUCAUCGAGAUGGGGCGGGAAAAGACACGCGGCACUACAUGCCACGCGUGACUUCAGCGUGCGUUGCUAAAGCCUUCAACCAGACGGGAAGCAGCAGCGCGGCAGCAGCAGUGAACGCAGCAGUGCUCUUCGACCGAACUAUGCAAAACGUGGUUGACAAGCUGUUUCCUCAUUUCGCGGUGCAGGAGCGGCUCGAAGAGGAGGAGCUGCAGCGGUACAUGCAGCAGCAUCAGCACAAGCCAAUCCCACCAGAAUAUCUUGCCAGCUCUAUUGCCAGCGGUGGACACUUCAAACGGGAGGCCCUCUCCCACAGAAGGGCCCGCCUCGAAGCGCGUGCCACAGCGGAGGAGGCCCUAGGGGCCCCCCCGCUGGAGCCUCCCCUAGCGCCCCCUCCGGAGGAGCAGCAGCCACGACGGCAGGCUUCAGCAGAUCUUUUUUCGCAGGGCAGUGCAGCUGAUGAGCAGCGAGAGAGAGGACGCGCCAGUAGCAGCACCCGCCGCACUGCGGCGACGAUGCAGCAGCAGCAGCAGCAGCAGCCUCUGAAUGAGUUUGUCGAUCAACUGCUAAGUGCCUCCACUUGCUUCGACGAGCAGCUCACUACGGCCAUCGCGUUGCUGCCAGACACCUAUCAGGCGCAGUUGAUGAAGGCUCGAUUGGAGCUUCAACUAGAGCAACAACAAGCCCACACCCCCCCAGAGGGGGCUUUGAUCGGCGGCAGUGCCUCACAAGGGCCUCAUGGAGUCUUGGCGCUGCCCCUCGAGAUUCCUCAGUUGGAACGCCCCUACCUGCGAGUGCCCAGCCGGAUGUCAAUCGGGCUGGUCCUGCGGUAUCUCGCCACUCACCUGCAGCCAUUGCUCUUUCCGGGGGGGCCCCCCCAAAACGCCAGAGAGGGCCCCUUAGCAGCAGGUAGUCCUUACGGGUCCGCAGAGGAGGCCCCUCUAGAUUUAGAGAUGGCUCUCGAACUCACGCUGGAGGGCAGCGUUCUGGGGAAAAGUCACUCCAUAGAUUUCGUCACCCGGGCCCGUCGUCUGAACUGCUCGGGGAAGUGUCUGUUGCUGCAGUAUCGGUACAGUGCACAGGCAGAAGCCAAGGUGGUAGGCUACCACUUGGCGAAGGCGGGUUAUGCCCCCCAGCAGCAGACGGCGCUUGCCGAUGCCGCCUUUUGA